AUGACUGAAACCGAGAUUCCCGGCACAAUAUUGCUGAUUGACGUAAACAACGAGUUUAUUUCGCAGACGGCCCACAAUGAUAUUUUGCUUGAGCCUACUCCAACGUCUUCUCCACGUGAUCCUUUGAAUUGGCCAAUAAAGAAAAAAUACUAUCAAUUAUUUCUUUCCUGCACGAUGGCUCUUAUGAUCGGCUAUUCCGAAAGUGUUAUGGGAGCUCCCUGGACCAUCAUCUCCGAGGAACGACAUAUCUCCAUGGUGAACAUGAACGGUGGAUCAGUAGCUCUCAGAAUUGGGAGGAAAUUUGUCUAUGUCUUCUGUCUGGCCGCAGCCGCCCCAAUAUCAUACUGGAGUGGCUCAUUCCACGGUAUCACCCAGUGGUAUUUGAACAACCUUCUCCUCGGCUGUACAAACUCAAUAUAUGAGGCGCUGAUUCAGUUAACAGUAUUUUAUAUGUUCUUUGCUCAUGAGUACGGCACGAUGCUCGCUCUAGCUAUUAUCGCUCAGAUCCUCGGAAACUUCCUUGGCUCGUUACUUGGGGGCAUUAUUGCUGAAAAGCUUGGAUGGCCCUAUGGUCCAUACAUAUUUUGUGCCUUUUCGGGUGGACUUGCUAUAAUAUUCCUCUUCACCUUUGACGACACGAUGUAUCACCGACUGUCAACGCGAAGACCCCGAGGAGAAGAUUUGUCUACCCGACAGGCUGAUAAAUAUGACGGCCACCAAGACCUACCAUCCGCUGGGGAAAAGGAACCUAAUUUUGGUCCAAUUGCAACCACCAUUAGCGAAGAUUAUGGCGAAAUGUACGAUACGAAGCGUACAUAUUUACAGGUCCUAAGUCCUAUACACUACAUUAAAGAGGAUCACACCUCAUUUUGGACCUAUCUUCGUCGACCAUUCACUCUCUUUCUUUUUCCUAACAUUGUAUUAGCAGGACUUAUGUUUGCCUUUGCACAAAGCUCUCUCAUUGUCUAUUUCAACACCAUGGCAGAAAUCCUAGAAUCGCCUCCUUACAAUUUUUCGACAAUCACCACAGGUCUGGUUAACAUAGCAACACUUGUUGGAGCUAUUCUUGGUUUGGUAACCGGUCACUCUUCUGAUCUACUUGUUCUUCGCCUAGCACGCCAAAACAAGGGCUAUAGAGAGCCAGAACAACGCCUUUGGGCUGUCAUCGUAUCUUUGAUUUACACUUGUGUUGGCUAUAUGAUGUAUGGCUGGGGUGCGCAGACUGGUGCCCCCUGGAUCGUGAUUGCCAUUGGCCUAUGCUUUCUAGUGUCACAACAGGCUGCAACUGCCACAAUUGCAACCGCGUAUACCAUGGAAUGUUUUGAUAAAGUCUCUGGAGAAAUUGUCGUUGUCCUUGCCUGCUUAUCAUCGGUAAUCAAUUUUGCAAUCUCAUUCACCACUCAAAACCUGAUUGACGCAAUGAAUUAUGGCGUGGCAUUCACGAUUUAUGGCUGCCUUGUUGUCGGGUCACUUCUCAUGGCCCCGCUACUGAUGAUAUAUAGCAAAUCGUAG